ACAAAGAGCACGUGCUCUUCCACACAGCCCCAAGAUGUGGUGCUUCCUCGUGCUGCUCUGCUCCCAAGGAAUUGCCUUUUCAGCAGGAUUCACAGCAGCCUCCAAAGCAGGUGUUGACACAAGCCGCUGCAGGAGUCACAACCCAGAAUGUUUCAUGAAUGUUAGCGAAAUUAUCAGAUAUCACGGAUUCCCCAGCGAGGAAUAUGAAGUUCCAACGGAGGACGGAUACAUUCUUGGUGUUUUCAGAAUUCCUUCUGGAAGGAACAGCAAAAAUACAGGGAAGAAGCCUGCAGUCCUGCUACAUCAUGGUAUUUUAUCAGAUUCUAUUCACUGGAUUGCCAACCUUCCCAACAACAGCUUGGGCUUCAUCCUUGCAGAUGCUGGCUAUGAUGUUUGGUUGGGAAACAGCCGAGGAGACACCUGGUCUUUAAAACAUAAGACCCUUAAGCCCUGCCAGAAAGAAUUCUGGCAGUUCAGCUUCGAUGAGAUAGGUAAAUAUGAUAUUCCAGCAGAGGUGAACUUCAUCAUGAAUAAAACUGGACAGAAGGAUGUUUACUAUAUUAGCCACUCUGAAGGGUCAGCUGCAGGCUUCAUAGCACUUAAUACUUAUCCUGACAUGCCUCAGAAGAUUAAAGCAUUCUUUGCUUUGGCACCAGUGACCACCAUCACACAUGCUACCAGUCCUCUGGUAGCCAUCACCUGGCUUCCCCAGCCACUGAUCAGGUUACUACUUGGCUGCAAAGGAGUUCUUCAAUCCAAUGAGCUGAUGAAAGGACCUGCAAUACAGUUCUGUGCAUGUCUGGGGAAAGUUUGUGGCAGUAUCUUCUGCUACCUAGUUGGGGGCAUGAUACAAAAUAUGAAUACGAGUCGAACAGAUUCAUACACAGGACACUACCCAGCUGGAACAUCGGUACAGAACGUUAUUCACUGGCAGCAGAUAAAACAUGCAGACCAAUUUCAAGCCUAUGACUACGGCUGUAAGGAAAACAUGAAGAAAUACAACCAGACUGCUCCUCCUGAGUACAAGAUAGAGGAGAUAAAGACACCAACUGCUGUUUGGAGUGGUGGACUGGACAAAUUUGCAAAUCCAAAAGACAUAGCAAGGCUACUUCCUCGGAUUACUAAUCUCAUUUACCACGAGCAUUUUCCUACAUGGGGACAUCUUGAUUUCCUCUGGGGACUUGAUGCAACUGAGAAAAUGUAUCUGAAAAUCAUUGAACUACUAAAGAAAUAUGCUUAGAGUGCCACAGAAAGAUUUAAUUCAUGCA